CGUUUUCGGUGAACACCGACGACUUUUUGUUUACGUAGCAACAGGCAGCACAUAGCAACGGUAUUCGACAAUGGCAUUGCUAAUGCGGAUUACAUUCAGUAAAACCGUAUCUUGAGUGCGUCUAGAUUAUUUCAAUGUGCUGAAGAGAUAAUGUAAUGCAAAUUAGUACACUUUGGCUGCAAAGCUAGCUUCAUAACUGUCUGCCUGGUUUCUAAGAUGGAGAGAGCUUGCUAAUAGUAACCAGUCAACACUACAUAUCUUCUUCCAAACAUGUAUUUUCAAGAAUCACCUCGUGCUUCUGAUGAAGAGGGGGCUUUCUACAUGCAGAGCAGAGCUGCAUAUCUAGCUGUGUUCAAUUCUAGUUUGACAAAUAUAACUUCGAAACAGCAGCUAUGCCGUGGUAAAAACCCAUCCCAUGCUACUCUCAAUAAAUACUGGAGUCCAAGAACUUCCAAACUGAACUUUGAUGACUUCUGUGAGAUUCUCAAGUCUGAGAAGAAAACUGAGGAAACUGAGCUGAUGAGAGCUUUCAGAAAGAUGGAUGUGAACAAUGAUGGCUACAUCACACAUAGUGAACUGGAGAAGGCCCUUACCACUAGAGGAGAGAAAAUGACCACUGAAGAGGUGAAUACCAUUUUCUCAUUAGCUGACAUCAACAAGGAUGGCAAACUGGACUAUGCUGAAUUCUGCAGAUUGUUUGUGUCUACAGUAGAACAGUGUCAGAUAGCUGCAUUGGAGAGGCUCGAGGGUGAUGCCAGACUAAAGAGACAGAACUUCGGCAGUCAGUCAUACAGCCCCCCAAAGGCCCCUGUGUCCUCAGCAUCACCAGCACAAGCAGCAGCAGCUCACCCCCAGCCUCCAGAAACAUCAGACAGGACACUCAAGAUAGACAGCCGACUGUCCUCUCGACCUUCUUCCGCUCGCAGCAGGCGGUCGUCCUUGUCCAACUCAAUCAUUGUGACAUCCAAUAGCACUAAGGCCAGCAAAAUACCAGAGCCCUCAGGUUUACAGGAAUGGCAUCGCAUUUGCAUGAAGGGGUGUUUCUUCGUGGAGGAUAAUGGCAGUAUCAGCUCUCUGCAGUACCAGCUCCAUGUCCCCGAGACAACCAGAGUUUACCUAACCAGCCAACCACUCAGCCUCAGCACCAGACAUGACCCAUCUUCCUCUCAGAUGACAGUGGAUACUGCUCUUUUUGUCACAUCAGCUGGUGAAACCAAAGAGGACUCAACUUUAGUGUGUUUCACUGAGUCAAAAGACAAAGAAAAGUAUAUUUGGAAAGGAGAACUGAAUGCUGGUACCUACUACCUGCUUCCCUUCACCACGGGCUGCAGACUAAAGAAAGAGAACAAAAAGGGUCUUUCUGUGAAACCUGUGGAGCUUGUCUACAGAACUAACACUGGAAAAAUAGACCUCACAGAGGAUUUCAGGGAGGUGCUGUCUGACAUCUUUGAUGUCAUAGACCUGGAUGGGAACGGUUUGCUCAGUCUGGAGGAGUAUAAUUUUUUUGAGCUGAGGACCAGUGGAGAGAAGUGUGACAAGGAUGCCUGGGCCAUCUGCAAAGAAAAUUUUGAUAUGAGAAAGAAUCAGCUGACACGGCAGGGCUUCAUGGAGCUGAACCUGAUGGAGGCCACAGAGAAAGAUGGAGAUCCUUCUGACCUGUGGGUCACCCUGGAAGCUAUGGGCUACAACCGUUUGCUAGAGCUAGUAGAGGGGUGUCCAUUCCAGAUAGAUGUAUACUGUGAAGGCACUCAGGCAUCCAUCCAGCCAGUCAGUAUGGAUUCAGGGCCAAAACUUCUGAACCAGGCCCUUCAGAAGUCUGUCACAGCUAGGAAAGGGGCCAAAGCGCUGAGGGGACAAGACAAUGUUUUCAUCUACACCUACAGAGGAGAACACAGGAUCUCUUCCCUCAUAGCCAACAAGACCAACCAGAAAGUAACUGUGCAUAUAAACAAUGAGCAGAGCAGGAACUGCUGCAGCAGUAGAAGCAUGAGUGUGUUUGCUGUAGAGGUGCCAGCCAGGACCAAGAUGGUGUGCCAACAUGUCCUGCCCAUCAAUGAGAAACAGGACUGGACCUACAACUGUGUGGAGACCAUACUACCAUCCAUGUAGAACUGUAGAACUUCCAUGAAAGAUUCAAAGCUCGCCUAUGCUAGUGAUACAGAAAAGUGAUUUGGUUUAACAUGGGGAACAUGAUGAAAAAAGAUUGGUUCAAUGGUCGUACAGACUAUCAUCUCCAAGGUCUUGUCUCUUAUCUGUGUUGCAGUAAUAUCAGUAAGAGUAACUGCUGUUCAGCAUCUAUUAGUUUCAACUCCAAUACGACCUGCUCACUUUCAGUCACCACUGUUAGUGACAAAGAAAUGCAACACAGUGUCAUAGAAACCCUACCACCAACUAGCAUUUUGGUGGUGUAUAUGCAGAGCGACGUAGACACACCAGCGUACAAAUGCAAAGUAUAAAUGCAUACAGAACAGGCGCUGCGUAGUUUCAACACAGCACCAUAUAUCAUGCUUAAGAAGGUCCAAACUGAAAAACUGCCUAUGCAUUUCAACUUUAACAGGUGCUAUGUUCAAAGCUUAGCUGUAUGUUUUGUAAAACUUUAUCUAAAUGUUGUAAACCCUUGUGUGUUAGGAGCUGAGACCCUCUGUCUGCUUGUGGCCAGCAGCUAGAUGAGACCUACAUGAAAGGAUAGUUUUUCAGAUGCUCAGUGGCUCUAUGCAUCAGAGGUGUUAAACACUGAUAACAGAGGUGGCCACUGUAAUCAUAAGGUAUCAUUGAUCAUGUUUGUUAUGUGCGGUCUGUUUGUUUAGUGCAGACAAAUUGUAAAUUCCUUUAACAUUUUAAAUGCAUCAGUGGGUAAAGUUUAAGGGUGGCAUGGUGAAACAGUGGUUAGUGCUGUUGCCUCACAAUAAGAAGGUUCAGUGUUCGAGCCCCGGCCGACCCAGCGUCUUUCUGUGCAGCGUUUGUAUAUUCUCCCUGUGCCUAUGUGGGUUCUCUCCAGGUACUCUGGCUUCCUCCCACAGUCCAAAGACAUGCAGCUUAGGUUGAUUGCUGACUCUAAAUUGCCCUUAGGAGUGAGUGUGGUUGACAGUCUCUAAGUUAAAGUUCUACUCUAAUCUACAACAUAUCAUUUAAAAUGAAGGCUAUUACCAUGAUGAACUUAAUUUUUAAGAAAACUCUAAAGAAGUAUUCCCAUGUGUCUGGUACUGUGUUGUUAUUUUAUUAUAUGCUGUAUGUUGUGUGGACAUGAGAGGAAGAGCCCAAAUCUGGUCCUAACAUGUAGUUAGGAUUUGUGUCACAUUGUAAUAUAGCUUAGCUCAUUUUUUAAAACACUAAUUUAGCAUGUUUUUUUUAACCAAGAAACAUUCAGACCUGUUUAAUCACCAGACCAGUGCUUUACAGGGGAUUCUUUUUACAUUUAAAUGAAGGAUUAUACUUUAGUUCUUAUGCCUAAAGUCUUUUUCAGUUCUUCAUGAUAUCUGUGUUACUAUGCAGCUAUACAGUAGGUCUCCACUCACCACGGUCUUAAUACAGUAUGGGGCUGUGGGAAUUUUGGGUUGGCAAUGCAAUGCAUUCCUUUGCAUUGCACUCAGGUCUGAACUUUAUUUGCCCUUGACCUUUACAGU